AUGGCAAAGAACUGCAGCUAUGCAGCGGCCACGCUUCUUUGUGCUGGCUUUGUGGCCCAAUAUUGCUUGGAAAUAGGUAAAGUGCGUAGAAGUGCCCUCACCCAGCAUGCAGCUAGCAGCGUCCCAGCAGCGGUGGCUGAGAUAGGUGCCCUCGGCUGCCCUCAGCUGCCCUUUGAGUUUAUAGGACUGGAAAGCAGAGCACGCAGCUGUUUAAUGGCCUUUUAUUUUUUUAUUUUGCAAAGGUUGUCUUUUCUUGAUCAGGACGUGGCUUUAACAACUGAAAUAGGAAUUAAUGAAGGACCUCCAUCUCCAGAAAUCUGUUUUAUACAGAAAUUUUAUGAACACACAUAUAGCAAGAAUGAAGAACAGAUAAAUUCAAUACCUCAAGAGGCAUAUGCAUCUGACCAGUCUCAGUCUCUAUUGGAGGGUUGGGUAAAGUGUCCGUCACUUACUGAAAAUAUUCCCAAGCCUGUUUCUUCACGAAAUGCUGCAGUGGAGAGACAGCAAAAUAAUUCCAUAGAUACCAAAUCGAACAGAUUUCAGAAAGAUUCAGAAGAAAAGAAAUUAAGUAAUGAAGAUCUCUUUCCAGAAAUAAACCAGUGUCUAGAUGCCCUUCAGGAGGAUAUAAUAAUGGCUCCAAAGGAACAGACACCACAGGAUGUAUUUCUGCAUGCUUUAGAAGAUUGCCAGAGAACCUGCAUGACCAUUAUUUACACAGAUAACAAAGUAGAAGAACAUUCCCCUAAUAACGAUACAGAUCUUCCACUGACAUUCCCAGGGAAGAUUUUCAAGGAAGCAUUCACUGAGACUGGUGAAGUUGAAAUCAGUGAUUUGCUGAGAUCCCUCAGUGAUUCUGAGAGUCUUGAAAUGGUAAACCCAUUGUCUGACAAGUCAGGGCGUCAGGGUCAUGCCUUUUCCAUUGAUCCAUCAGCAGAUGAGAACAGUGAUGGCCUGCCACGUGUGGGUGAUCAGCAGAGAGAGAAAGAAGUAAUUUCAGAUUACUGGGAUACCACCUCUUGUGAAAAGCAAAGUGGUGAGGGAAGUUCACAUUCAGUGGAGACUGCACCAUGUGCAGAAACAGCCCAAGCAACAUCAAGUGAAGUUCAGAAAUCUACUUCUAAACACAAGCAGGAUCUAGAAACCAACAUAUGCCAAGAAAUGACUCUGAAUGAGGACGGAAAAGCUAAGCAGAGAAGGAGCAAGAGAAUUGAAAACAAACGGAGACAAGAAGCCUUUGGUAGGAAUUCUGUAAAUCCUGCUUGCCCCAUUUCACUUUCAACAAUCAAUAGGAGGAAUAUUUAUGGUGAGACCUUACUGCAUAGAGCUGUGUUUCGUCAAGAUCUGAACCUUGUACGUAACAUAAUAAAAGCUGGUGGAAAUGUAAAUGCUCGGGAUUAUGGUGGCUGGACUGCACUACAUAUAGCAAGCAUAGAAGGCUCUUAUAGGAUAGCAAAUGAGCUUUUGAAAGCAGGAGCUGAUGUUAAUGCUAGAGGAAAUGAACAAACACCACCAUUGCAAGAUGCAGUUAAAGAAGGCCAUUAUGAGGUGGCAGAAUUAUUACUUUGGCAUGGAGCUGAUCCCUUAUUAAAAUAUGAGACAGGAAGGUGUGCAUUAGAAGAAGCUACUGACACAUCUAUGAGGAAACUGCUUAAAAGCUACACAGCAAAAUCCAGAAUAGAUCCAGUAUCAGGUGGCGAUGAUUCAAAGAAUAUAUUAAAUACUCAAAGUGUAGAGGAUACAAAUCUGCCCCAGACAGAUGAGGCAGAACCAGCGUGUGCAAAACUUACGGAUUCAGACAGCACGGGCACACUGCAACAGACUCUUGUAUAUGAGGUGCAAAACAUUUGUACUAAAAUAUCUGAAGAUGGAACCAGCUGCACUGAACAGACACUUCAAGCAAAUGCAGAAACACUGUUAGCACAUGAGCUUUUAGCAGCUACUAAUGGAGAAAGUGUUUCUGGAAGUCUUUAUAAUUCUACCAGAGUUGUAUUAAGCACCAUUGAACAAAAGGCUCUACAACGAGAGAAAGGAGGGAGGAUUCUGGUUAAUGCAGAAGAAAGUGUUGAAAGAUGUCAUGUUGAAACUGAAAAUGCUAGUAGUUUAGAGGUCGAGCCUAUAGCUUUACAGCUCCACAAAAAGGACACACUUCAAAUUAGACAAAAGAGAGAGGAUCUUCAGGACACCAACUCAGAAGCAGAUUUGCAUUUUGGUGUUAAUGCAGACAGCAAGUCUCCUUACUCAUUUCAGAUUCUGGAAAAUAUGCAGAAAGAAACCUGCCAGAAAACAGAUGAAGGAGUGUUUCCUGGUGUAAGUGGAACAGAAGGCACUGAAAAAAACAGAGAAGGAAAUGCAAAGACCAACGUGCCUUCACAGUUUACCGAAACAGAAAAAGUCCAAACUAAAAGAAUAAGAUUAGACCCUCAGGAGACAAGCCAGGCAGCCUCGUAUUCCAGUAGCAGCAAAAACAAGCUUUCAUCUAAUCAAUCACAAUUCAGUCAAGCAUCACAACAGCAAACAUCUAAGGAAUCAGAAUCAUCCCUACCUGCCAGAAAAGAAGCUGUAAUUUUACAUGGUACCUGUAAUUCAAGAGCUGGGAGAAAGAUUAAAAUGAAGAGAAAUGCAAAAGGAGAAACUCAGCUGCAUAUUGCUGCUAGGAGAGGAGAUUUGUCUUUGGUGAAAACUCUAAUAUCAUCUGGAAUUUGUGUCAAUGAACAAGACUAUGCAGGUUGGACAGCAAUUCAUGAAGCAUCCUAUGGGGGAUUUGCUGAAGUGAUCUCAGAAUUACUGAAAGCUGGUGCUAAUGUUAACAGCAGAAGUCUGGAUGGUAUUUUGCCAAUACAUGAUGCUGUUUCUGGCAAUUAUUUGGAGGCAGUCAGGAUUCUACUACAGCAUGGAGCGAAUCCCUGUGAGAGGAAUGGUUCAGGGGAAUGUGCUUUGGAUGCAGCUUGUGAUGAUGAAAUGAAAGAACUGCUGAAGUCUUACGGUGCUGUGGACUCUGUACCUCCUGUUGAGACUAUUGAAGUUACAGAGAGGAGAUCUUCUAGGCCAAGAAGAUCAAAAUGUCAUUGUUACAACUGCUGCAAAAAUGAUGAUGCAGCUUCGGAGCCACAACAUGAGAAAUACAGUGUGCAGUCUGCUGCUGCCAUACAAGAUGCAGAAGAGAAGCAAAAAGAACUGUUGCUAUUCGAAUUUAGAGCUUCCAAAGAUGCAGAUGUGUAUACCCAAAGGCUGUCUCAGAUGCAAGAUACUUUGAAUGAAAUGCUUGCAAAACAGAAAACAGAAACAGAUACCCUUGCUAAAAAAUACAUGGCUUCAGUGGAAUCUUUUAAAAAAGGAGCACUGAGGAAACAAUUAGUUAACCAUGCUUCUGGGCAAAAGAGUCUGUUGACUGUUGCCCAAAACCAGGAAGAAUUAGUCCAGAAAAUACAAAAUUACAGAAAAAGAAAGCAAGUGUUCAGUGCAUCAUAUUCAGAGAAGCAAAUCUCAGACUUAGUUAUUUCCAAGGGAAAUGAUAAAAGACAAAUUUUAACUGCUGAUGAAAUCAUGAGUCCUGAUGUAGUUACAUGUAGUAUGGGGCUUGGUGCCAGCAUGCCUAAUGGAAACAGAGUAGAAGCACAUCUCUCUUUAGAAAAUAGAUUUUCAGCUCAGGAAUGCAGCCAACAUCCACACAUCGGCUUGGAUGAGACAGGAGCAAACAAAGAAGCAAUUAGAAGCAAAGAGGCUUCUGAUCAUGCUUUGGCAUCCAAAAACAGGGUAAGAGAAUAUCCUUUCGACAACAUGUCAAAGCUGACAAAUACUGUAGAAAUGGUGGCAUUGCCUUCAGAACCUGCUGUUUCCAUUGCUAAAACAAAGUGCUCCCAGCAACAAGACAUUGAUUGUGUAGCAAUUGCAGAACAAGGAAACAAGUCUUUAAACCCCACUUCAGCGGCCAAGGCGUUAAAUAUUGUAGAACCCCAAAGCACUGUUGUCAAUAACAAUGUCUGUCAGCCAAGCAGUGACUGCCAGCAGGUUCUUACAGAUGAGGAUCUACACAGAUACGUAAAUAAGAAAGAAGCUUUCCAGGAGCAGCAGCAAGUAAUUUUGUCAACAUCUACAAAGAACUUCCCUACUACCCAGCAGCAAAUGAUCUUUAGGAGUAGCACGAACUCUUUUAAUGCCAACUCGGUCCUUACAAAUCUUACCUCAAAUACAGAUUAUCCAGUAAACCUCAGUGAGAAAUCUUCCCAGAGCUAUAGUAAGCAGGAAUAUAAACAAAAAAAAGUGAGGUAUGGAACAAGAAAUAGGAAAAAACUUCAAUUGAUAGAUCUACUUGAAUUGGGAAGGAUUAAGCCAGGAGAAGAUGUUCUAGAAUUCAAACUGCAGGAGUUUAGUCAUAAAGCCACGCUCUUAAACAAUGGCAAGAUCAGAACCAGUAAGAGACAAAUACUUGAGAAUCCAGUUCUGUGGGUUAAAGACCUACUAGGCAGUGGUAUUUCUGUGACAUGGAAGUAUGCGUGGAAUAAGGUUACAUAUCUUGGGACACAGUUGUCAAAAUUUCUUGUUGAAGAAGUGUCAGCUUCUAGUGACCUGGAAUUACCAUCACAAGAAAGACAGCCUUUGGGAAAGAAUUUUAUCACGAGGGAUCCCAGGAACUGCCAGCAGCACCACCAGAGUCCUGGUACUGUCUCCAUUGCUCAGCCUCUUGGGCGCGUUGAUCUGAGCAAUACGCAGCCAAAAGCCCCAUCCUUGCCACAAACAGAACUUGUGAAAACAUUGCCGUUUGCUGAAGGAGAGGCAGCUGUUACCAGGGAAUUUAAGAGCUCUUCUGUCCGGUUCAACUCAGUUGAAAGUCUGACACGUUUUCUUCAGUUCAGUGAGAUAGUAAUGGUAUCUAAAGAGGAGUUUCUACCGUGCUCUGUAAUGGAAAAGUACUGGAGUUUCUACAAAGCAUGUGAAGGUUUUGGAUUCUAAAGACUUAGAGUGCUAAUAUAUUUUUCUUCAUUGUUACUUAAACAUUUGAGCUUUUAGAACUAAGUGUUUUGUAACUGUCAUUUUGAUAAGUCAUUUGCCCAGUGUUUGGAAUGGACUGAAAGAUUGUUUGGGUAAAUGAGGAACCAGGCAUUACUUUCUAGCAGGUGAGGAUAACAGUCAACAUUCAAGUUUGUGCUGUAAGAUUAAGAAAUGGGGAAGUAGAUGAGGACUGUUACACACUGGUGUUCAUUGUGAGUUUUAUUCCAGGUUGAUAACUUUGUAUGAAAUUCCACUGAUUUCAGUGGCUGCCCGUGCUUGAGGGGGCUGCACAGAACCAGGCAGGUAUCGACACCGAUAGUCACUUCCUACGCCUAAACCUGGAACCGCACUGCCUGAGCACAUGCUUGUGUGAUAACGUAAGCUGUUAGCUUGGGGGGAAAAGUCAAGACGGGUAGCUUUGAAAAUGACCAGCAGCUUUGCUUUUACAUGGCAUGGGUAUAUAUACAAACACUUGAAAAGGGUGCGGGUGCUGGGGGAGGUUAAAAGAGCCAUUGGAAGUGCUCAGGGAAAUUCCAUUCGUGUUCUAGCCAAGACUUUCUGAUGGGCAGAAAAUUUGCAGGCAUAUGGCAAGAAAUGCAGUUAGCCUGUUGGUGGAAUGUGAAUUUUUCAAUCUAACAACAUCUUAGAUACUCACCCCCAUCUCUGGAGGAUUUCUAUUUGUUUUAAUUUUACAAUGUGUGAAUCCGCCUCAGUAGUGUAUUUAUAACACAUUUGACUGUCAUGAGAGUUAUCUGCAUUCAAAUGCCGUUCUUGCUCUCUCAUUCUCUGGAUUAUAAGAAGAGAUGAAAUAAUAACACCUGCUACUCGUAACUCCAGUGAAUGGGAUGAGAAAUAUCUCCUGUCAAUACGUAACAACCUCAGCUCGCCGUUCGGUAGUGUGAAGAGCUGUUCCACAGAGAUUUGAUUAGUGUCUUGAGCAGAAGGUGGUUUAGGGAGGAGAGGGGGGGUCUGCUGUGCAGAGCGCUAAUCCUGUGCCCUAGGAUGAAUGAGCAAUCAUAGCCUGAUGGGCUGUAAGGAUAAAGAAAUGCAAACUGCCUGGAAGUCAAAAAAGUUAAAGGCUACCGAGUGACAGGUAUUUAGUAAAGGUCACUUUCCACUCAGAGGGAAAACGGAGCAGUCUCACAGCUGCUGCAGCAAAACAAACCUGAAGGCGUACUGGUUUAGAGGAGAUGUUCAGUCAAAUACUAUGCUUUCACUGAAAAGUGAAAGACUUCCGGGUGUUAAAAUGGCUACUCAGUUACUUACACGUUUGUUUGACGUUUUUUCUUUGUUACAA